AUGAAUUUAGCAGAGAUUUGCGAUAAUGUGAAAAAAGGAAAAGAAUAUGCACUCCUUGGGAAUUAUGACUCUUCUAUGGUAUAUUACCAGGGUGUCGUCCAGCAAAUCCAGAGACAUUGCCAGUUGAUCAGAGAUCCAGCAAUUAAGUGCAAAUGGCAACAGGUCCGACAAGAAGUAGUUGAAGAAUAUGAACAAGUUAAGAGCAUUGUCAACACUUUAGAGUGUUUUAAAAUGGAGAGACCUGCAGAUAUCCCUGUAUCCUGUCAGGAUGAGCCUUUUAGAGAUCCCGAUGUUUGGCUUCCUCCUGUUCCAGCUGAACACAGGGCUCCACCUCAGAUAAAACGUCCCAACCGAGAAGGAAAACCUUUGAGGAAGGAAUCACCGGGGCUGCAGCCCCGUGGCCCUGCGGGCAGAGCACACGCGGUAUCCAAGGGUGAGAAGUCUGCAGGCAGCCGCGAAAGGGAAUCUCGAGCUAGAGGAAGAGAUGACAAGGUAAGAAGUAAUGUGAGACGAGGUAUUGGUGAUGGGGAAAUUCCAAAAUUUGAUGGAGCAGGUUACGACAAAGACUUGGUCGAAGCUCUUGAAAGGGACAUUGUAUCAAGGAAUCCAAGCAUUCAUUGGGAUGACAUAGCAGAUUUGGAGGAAGCCAAGAAAUUAUUAAGAGAAGCUGUCGUUCUUCCAAUGUGGAUGCCUGAUUUUUUCAAAGGGAUCAGAAGACCUUGGAAGGGCGUGCUGAUGGUUGGUCCUCCUGGCACUGGCAAAACAAUGCUAGCAAAAGCUGUUGCUACAGAAUGUGGAACAACAUUUUUCAACGUGUCUUCCUCUACCCUGACGUCUAAAUACAGAGGCGAGUCUGAGAAGCUGGUCCGCCUCUUGUUUGAAAUGGCGAGGUUUUACGCUCCAACAACAAUCUUCAUUGAUGAGAUAGAUUCCAUCUGCAGCCGUAGAGGCACGUCUGACGAACACGAGGCGAGUCGGAGAGUCAAGUCAGAGCUGCUUGUGCAAAUGGACGGGGUAGGUGGUGCUCUGGAAAAUGAUGACCCUUCCAAGAUGGUUAUGGUAUUAGCUGCUACAAAUUUUCCCUGGGAUAUUGAUGAAGCUCUCCGGCGGAGACUGGAGAAGAGGAUUUAUAUAUCUUUGCCGACAGCAAAAGGCAGAGCAGAACUACUUAAGAUUAAUCUUCGGGAAGUAGAACUGGAUCCUGAUAUCAGCCUUGAAGAAAUUGCUGAGAAGAUUGAAGGCUAUUCUGGUGCUGACAUCACUAAUGUUUGCAGGGAUGCCUCUUUAAUGGCAAUGAGACGACGUAUUAACGGCUUAACUCCAGAAGAGAUUCGUGCACUUUCUAAAGAGGAGCUUCAGAUGCCGGUUACCAAGGGGGACUUUGAGCUGGCUCUGAAGAAAAUCUCCAAAUCUGUUUCUGCUGCAGACCUGGAGAAGUAUGAAAAAUGGAUGGCGGAGUUUGGAUCUGCUUAAUCUCAGUGACAGCUCUCCUUUUAGAAAUUAGUAAAGCUACGUGAAUCUUUUGCGGCCAAUGCCAGUUGAGCACUUCAGGGUCUCUCCCUAGAGAGGCCAAUGCUGCCCGAGGAGCAUAGUCUACGCAAGCAAGAUCUGGAAGGGAAUAGACGUGAAUGCCAAUAACUUACCCUGCUCAGCUGCCCAAGAGCAGUGCUGGGAUUCAGCAGUUGCUGCUUAGAAAGGUAUAAGUACCAGUUUUCUCAGUUUCUGAGUUUCAUAUUGCAGGCAGCAGUGCCCUUCCUGCCCUUCCUGACAGCGUUCAGCAAAACUGUCGUUCCUUAGCUCUUUGAUGAACCUUCUACCUUAAGGCGUUAAACUUCCCUCUUGGAAGUUAAGCAAAAUUGACUGUACUGGGCAUUGCUUCUAGUAGGAAUUAUUCAGGUGCUGCAGUCUUUUUCUCUAAAGGUCAUGAUUUCUACCCCAAAUAUGUUUUUU